AAAAAACUAAUGCCAGAAAUUCUGUAUAUUAAUAUUAUCAUUUUUUUUUUUAAUUUUUUUUUUUUGUUUUUCAAAAGAAAGAAGUAAAAGCAGUGUGCGGAAUAGGAAAAGAGGGGCUGAUGGGGGAAUCGGAAGCAGAAAGAUUCAGUGAACACAGAUCUUCUUCGGAAAACUCGUAAAACAAGGAGUGGGGCCCAGUUGAAAAUGAUAAAUGAAUCUCAAUCCUCUGAAUGUGGUAUUUUACUAUUUAGUGGCGUCAAAGCACUCCACAACUCCACGGGUCUAAGGAACCCCCACGUAUCAAUCAAACUUGCUAUUUGUCACCCCAUAACCUUUUUCUUUCUUUCUAUUUUACCAUGUACAGACUUAUCUUCAACCGUUUAACACCGCUCUCUUUCUCUUCUCUUCUCUCAUCUCUAAAAUACUAAUAAAUCACACCAUUAUCCUAUAACUCCCUCUUCCUUCUCCCCAAAGGCAAAAAAAUAAAAAAAAGCCCGAAUAUUUGUUUUUCUACAUAAAAAGAAAAUGACAAUAAUGAGCUCUGCUUGAUUGCCACAUGAGCUGGUGUCCAAACAAACAAGAACGCCAAGUGUGCAAAAGAGAAUUGAACAGUGAGGUUGGGCAUGGACACGGUCUGUCUGGUUCAUCAUGACAAGUAUCAGCUCAGCCCCACCAACAGCCACGUUUCAGGUGUAUACCCAUUACUCUUAAUUCUCUUCCAUUGCUCGUAUAAAUACACCCCUCUCCCUUUUAACACCCCGGUCCAUUCAACUUAUCACUUAUACAGAAUCAAUCUUUCUUUUUAUACCUUUCUCUUUCUUCUCUCUCUCUCUGUUUCUUUCCCCAGUGUUCUCUGCCCCUGCUGCUGCUGCUGCUUAAAAAGCCAAAAAAAAAAAAAAAAAAAAAAAACAAUGUUGAAGUCGUCGUCAAUCAUGAACAAUGGUGUCGCCGAAAGAAAGCAGCAGGUGAAGAGACCUGCUCAGGCAAGUUCCAGAAAAGGCUGUAUGAGAGGCAAAGGAGGCCCAGAGAAUGCCACUUGCACUUACAAAGGUGUUCGCCAGAGAACAUGGGGCAAAUGGGUCGCUGAAAUUCGCGAGCCCAAUCGCGGCGCCAGGCUUUGGCUCGGUACUUUCGACACUUCCCAUGAAGCCGCUAUGGCUUAUGAUGCCGCUGCUAGAAAGCUCUACGGCUCUGAUGCCAAGCUCAACCUCCCUGAAUUAUCGCCCACUACUCAUCAACACUACCAUUCUUGCUCUUCUGCUGGUAAUACCACCCAACAGAACCAGCAGCUUCCUCCUCGAAUUCUUCAUCAGAACUCAUCAAGUAUUAUCAACAAUAGUACCAUAAAUGGGGUUCUUAACGAUGUUGUUAACACCGCCCAACUGUAUGAUAGCAACUCCACUUCAAGUACUGUUUGUUCUACUAAUGAAAAUGUGUCCCAAGCCAACAACCCAGCAGCUGUGGCAGACAACAACAACAGCAACAACAAUAACGUUGUUAUGAAAAUGGGAGAGAAUAAUGAAGGUGAAGUUGAUAACGGACUUUGGGGGAGUAUGAACGCCUCUUUACCGGUUUUCGAUGAGUCCAUAUGGGCUGAGGCUGCUUUGUCCAUCGACUUCCCUCUCAUGGAAGACCAUGGGAUUUUCGCAGGCAACUUUGUCGAUGGAACUACUGGCUGGGAAGCUUUGCAAACUCCAUGGUGCAUGUAAGAACAACCUGGAGCUUCUGGUGCAAAACAAUAAAACAUAGAAAGACUGGCCUUCUACACUUUUUACAUAUCUAUGCAGCAGAUUUGGUUAUUAUGUACAAAUUAUGAAUAGAAUAGGGUGUAAAUAAGUAUAUAUAUAGAUAUGUGCAGCGCGUGUAUACAAGUAUACAACACAAGGCAAGCCACACCGCAUGGGGUUUUUCUGGGCGAUGGAGAUGGAUUGCCUAUUAUAUAGUGCUUGUAUAUAUCUAGUCUUUUUUUUUUUUUUUUUUCCCUUGCGUAUUGGGAAGUAAAAGUUCGUUUGUUUGUGUAAAUCUCUCUGGAAAAGUGUUUGAUGUGAUGUAUAUGCGACUCUGAUGGGUAUGAAUAGAAAACGUUGUUUGUACA